CRCCAACAACAUGACCAAUAUUUGGUAAAUGGUUCUCAUGAAGCCCUGUGUACUGCGAAGGUUAUCAAGUUGGAUAAGAUAUUGAGCAGUAUUAAUGAUAUGCCAGAGCGAUUUCUCUACAUGCUCAAGGGCAGCAGAUGUAGGGGUAGUAGUCCCAUGGGAUGUGGUCCUUGGAAUUUCAUCAGCGGCCCAGGGUGACRCAAACCUUCUCCAGUGGGGAACUGGGUGGCGGUCGGACAUGGUAAAUCAUCUUUACUACGGAGAGUAAUUAUCGGUCUUCUGAAGCUUCAGUGAAUCCUUCCAGUUAACAAGUCUAAGCUGUGGUUGUGUCUGUGCGUAUUAGUGUGUGUUUGGUUGAUCGUUUGUUUGUGGUGAAGUGCAUAACUGGGUCACAUAUAGAGAUUAUUAUGGGCAUCCCCACAACCCUAAUAAGCCAACUGCAUCAUWUAAACCACCUUGAUAUCCCUCAGGUUAAUCUUGCUUCUAAAUCGUGUUUUAUCUCAAGAGACACACCUAGAUAAAUAAAGGUUGAAUAAUAUAGACAGCCCAAUUCUUACAUUUGAGUAAACAUAUCCAUGAGCACACAUAAUUGUAUCGAAUUGUAUUCUGCGCUAGCAUAAUAAUGAUGAAAUACAAUCUUAAAUAAAAAUAAAUUGAAAACAUUCACACCCACCAAACUAUAUAGAAGCUUUACAGAGACAUCUUCAACGGGCAUCGGGUACCAAUGAGUUUAUUAUCGGUGAUGACUGGCUGCUUAUCUAAUACGAGGUCCUCUGUGCACCUCAGAUAAGAUGUUUUAUUAAGAGAACAGCCCUAAUGUCCUCUGUUCAGCUUUCAAAGCACACAAAAUAUACAUGAUCUACUUUGAAAUUCCAGUUAAAACUGCUCUGUAUUUGAUAAUUCUAUGAAAAUAAGACAUUGUUGUCUUUCAAAGUUUUUUACAUAUUAACAUUUGAUCAGAAACUGGAAGGCAGCUAAGCCAACAGCCUACAUAUGUUAGCCUCGUAAUGAAUAGCCCCAAGGUACACACACACCUGAACGCAAGAGCUGACUCUCUGUGCACUGCACUGAUCAACUCAGGGUUUUCCCUGCAAAAUAGUUUCAUUCAAAAAAACGAGAGGAUCCAACUAAGUGAAAUGGGUCAUGGCACAAGUUUAGUUUCAUCAAAGAUCUCAAACCAGCUCAUUGCGAAGCUGUUGGAUUACGCAGGUCUCUCGUGCGUGUUUGCGUUGAUAAAUUAAUGUUGGAGCCUCUAGCAAGUCCGCAGUAAGCGCAGCAAACGACUGACUGGCAGGGGAAUUGCGCGACUGGGCGAGUGAGUGAGUGAGCGAGGAGGAAAGAGGGAGGGUGUGGGUGUGGGACUGCAAAAGGUGGUCCUCCUUAGGCACAUGUGAUUUCGUUCCGAGACCUACGAGCUGAAAGACCAGGCAUGAGUCCAAGGAUGGGUAAAAACUGACUAUACCUGUGGAUAUAAAGGUAUCGAUCACGGAUGGAUUGUAUUGGUUUGUUGUCUUGCUGGACUGCUGGCCACGCACGGGAAAGAUAUAUUUGCGCACACGCCGCAAUUGUUGGGCAUUGAGUGGAGUGGUCAUGGAGAGACAGUGAGCUCUCUCUGAGUCAUUGUUGGAUGUCCGGAAUAGCUUUUGAAUUGAAAUCAUGCAAUGUUUUGGGGUCUAUGAAAAUAUCUCCUGAAAUGGAAAUGAAUAGACAAAUAUAGAUGUCAAUUCGAUAACCCGGGGUGUGGAAUAUUACGCACAUUUCCCUCAUGGCUUUACCAAACUCCUCGGGCUCCUCUGGAGCUGACAAGCCCAACCCCAGUCUCAUAGAUCUGGGAACAUUCUUCGUGGACUCUGAUAUCAUAUUUGGAUUUACCAGUCAUCUUCUGAGGAGAAAAGCAAAGGUGGAGGGUUGUCCCAGCGGAGAGUCGCCGUUCCCUCUUGAUCUGAAUACCAGGAAAAUACUUCACUUAUCCGAGUAUGCGCGGUGUAACAGCCGGCCACCACCCGAGGGCGCUGGGUCGGUGACUGUCUCCGAGUCGGAGAGAAGGGACGGCAAAGGAAGCUUUUGCCAACAAUGUCAAAUUAAUGUGACUGAACUGAAGAGGCAAGCGCUGGCCUUGGCAGACCCAAGUUCACUAAAGGAUCCUGGCUACGCAGCCUUCCUAUUCGACCAGCUCCAAGUGCCUGGGAGCCAUGAGGGCUGCUGUCAGGUGUGUUCUACGCCUCUCCACCAGCUGAGGCAGGAGGCCCUGCAGACAGUAGGCGCCCCGCCCGCGGCCCUGACCCUGAGCCACGCCAUGCCUGCUCUGCCCUCCACCACCCUUUCUGGGCAACCUCAUAAACUGACACUCUCCUCCUCCAGUGCCCAUGUGAGGCAGCCUUCCAAAGCCCACGCCCAAGCCCACACCAUCCUGCCUCUGAGGGAGAGUUGGCACAGGGGGCAGGGCUGUCCGCAGGGCUCCUCUGUCUCUGCUGGGCCCAAGACCAGUGUCCAGGUGACGAUGGGGGGAGGGCAGCUGACAGGAACCCUGGGAUCGGUCACUAUCCAGGCCCAGCAGUACCUUGAGGGCAUGUGGAGCAUCUCCAGAGUCAACAACUUCCUCCCUCAGCCCAGCCCAGCACAGGGUCUGAUGGGGGACGUAGAGAGGGACGUCCCUGCCCCUGCUUCGGAGGCCCCUGUCCCCAGCUCUAACUGUAGUCUGACCCCCAGCCGACAGAGGAGCGCCGUCCAGCUGGGACAGUGUGACGUCACCCCCCCUGCCCCUGGCCACACCUCCACACCCACCUCCACUCAGAGUGCAUCUGCUGCAGCCUCCUUCUUCAUCAGGGCAGCUCAGAAGCUGAACCUCUCGUCCAAGCGGAAGAAGCACCAGCCUCCCUCCCUGCUGCACCCUGGAGCCCAGGAGCCCUCCAUCUACCCCACCAACUUCAGCGGCAUCCUGCAGCUCUCGCCACCCCCCGCCCCGCCAUGCCUGCUCCGCGCUGUCUCAAAGGUCAAGGAGAACCCUGGGAUGGGAAAGGUAAAAGUGAUGAUGCGUAUCUGCCCCUCCCUAGAGGCUCCUGAUUCGUCAGAGUCCAUGUCCUUCCUGAAGGUGGACCCCAGGAAGAAGCAGCUGACCCUUUACGACCCCUCGGUCAACGACCACGCCAACUCAGGGCACAGGAGAGCCACCGUGGCCAUCCCAAAGAUCUUCGCUUUCGACGCAGUGUUUACCCAGGAUGCCUCUCAAGCAGAGGUGUGCUCAGGGACAGUGUCUGAGGUCAUCCAGUCUGUGGUGAACGGUGCGGACGGUUGCAUCUUCUGCUUCGGGCAUGUCAAGCUUGGCAAGACCUUCACCAUGAUUGGCAAAGACGGCUCCACCCAGAACCUCGGCAUCGUGCCCUGCGCCAUCUCCUGGCUCUUCAAGCUCAUCAACGAGCGUAAGGAGAAGACGGGCACGCGCUUCUCUGUCCGUGUGUCUGCCGUGGAGAUCUGUGGGAAGGACGAGGCGCUGAAGGACCUCCUGUCUGAGGUGUCCACGGGAAGCCUUCAGGACGGACAGUCCCCAGGGGUCUACCUGCGUGAGGACCCUAUCUGUGGCACUCAGCUCCAGAACCAGAGUGAGCUCCGCGCCCCCACGGCAGAGAAGGCAGCCUUCUUCCUAGACGCGGCCAUCGCAGCACGCAGCACCAGCAGGCCCGACUCAGAUGAGGAGGAGAGACGCAACUCUCACAUGCUGUUCACACUGCAUAUCUACCAGUACCGCAUGGAGAAGAGCGGCAAGGGAGGCAUGUCGGGCGGACGGAGCAGGCUGCACCUCAUAGACUUGGGGAGCUGUGAGAAGGUCCUCAGUAAGAGCCGAGACGGAGGGGGAGGCCUGUGUCUGUCUCUCACUGCACUGGGAAACGUUAUCAUGGCUUUAGCCAAUGGAGCCAAGCACGUACCUUACAGGGACAGCAAACUGACGAUGCUGCUGAGAGAGUCGCUGGGGAACAUUAACUGCAGAACUACAAUGAUCGCCCACAUCUCUGACUCCCCUGCCAACUACACUGACUCCCUCACCACCAUCCAGCUGGCCUCACGCAUCCACCGCAUGAGGAAGAAGAAGUCCAAGUAUGCAUCCAGUUCUUCUGGAGGGGAGAGCUCCUGUGAGGAGGGGAGGAUCCGUCGGCCACCUCACCUCAGACCCUUCCACCCCCGGACGGUGGCCCUGGACCCAGACCUGCCCUCCCUGCUCAGCGACCCAGACUACUCCUCCAGCAGCGAACAGUCCUGUGACACCGUCAUCUAUGUGGGGCCGGGGGGCGCCGCCAUCUCAGACCGGGAGCUAAGUGACAACGAGGGCCCCCCCACCUUCGUUCCCAUCAUCCCCUCCCUGAACAGGAAGCGGUCUGGGAAGGAGGGCCCCCUGGACAGGGAUCACUUCUUCAAGUGCAACACGUUUGCUGAGCUGCAGGAGCGCCUGGAGUGUAUCGACGGCAGCGAGGAGCCUACAGCGUUUGUUGGAGAGGGCAGGGGAAGUCAGGCCAGCCCCAAGGUGGACAGCAAAGCAAAGGAAUGCCCUGGCUCUGUUUCCCCAAAGACUGUAACUAAAGCCUCCUCCUCCCAGGAGAACAUAUCACCUAAACUUGCUCCUAAAUCUGUAGCCAUUCCUCCAUCCAGUAGCCCCCAUAUCAGCCCUUCUAAGUCUAAACUGGAACAUUCCAGAGGGGUGUCACAGAGCAUAUGUAGAACAAGUGCUGAUGGUGAGAAGGUGAUGUCAGAGAGCAGAGCAAGCCCAUUCAUACAGGGUGUGGCCACGGUGCCAGCCUCUGAGCCAGUAGUACGGGAGAAGGUUUACUUCAACAAGAAGCCCUUACCCAAGCCUGCUCCCCCUCCACCACAGCAGAGAGACUCAAGCAGGGGCAACGGAGAAGCAGAGGAGAGGUCCCCCACCAGAAUGCCCCCUGUGGGAAUGAGCCAUCAGGUUGGAAAACAGGGGGAGUCUGGGGACCCCUUCCUUGAUAGGACCCAGACCAGGGGACCUGUAGAGGUGUGCCAGCUACGCUCCACCCUGAGAGAGAGGUACAUGGACAGGGACAACCUCCGGGCUACGGUCACCCUGCAGCAGCCUGUGGAGUUGAACGGAGAGGAUGAGCUGGUGUUCACUGUGGUGGAGGAGGUUUCCAUCGGCAGCAUCAUAGACAGCGGGCGGCCCUCCAGCAUCAUCAGCUUCAACAGCGACUGCUCCCUGCAGGCCCUUGCCUCCGGCUCCCGGCCCGUCAGCAUCAUCAGCAGCAUCAACGAUGAGUUUGACGCCUACACAUCUGCUGUGAGGGGUGCAGAGGUCAACAUCGAGGUGCUCACCCCCUUACAGGAUGACUCAUUUGUGUGUGUGGGCAGCAGGGGCUCGUCCAUCAGCUCCUGGCUCAGCGAGGUCAGCGUCUGUACUCUGGAGAGUGAAAGGGUACACUCUGCAGACGUUUUCCUCCCACAGACUAAGCACAUCGGCCCAGACGGCACCUUCUACCUGGAUUCCAUGGGUAUGUUCCACUGUGAAUCAUCCCGAAGGGAUGCCAAGAACUCCCUGAACGACAGUGGCUUUAGCUUUUCUGAACUGGACAGUGACAGCACAGCACCUAGCAAACUGUCCCUGACAAAGUGCCCUCUGUCUCCCGAGUCAACCAAAGGAUCCCUCAGAUUCCCAUCCAAAUCAGCUAAAGUUAACUCUCUCAGCUCCUCCUCACAACCCUCCCAGGGCCCUUACAUAGUCCACUCCAGUCUUCCCAGGAAAGUGAAACCUACCUCAUCAAUAGCCUAUAGUAGCAGCAGCAGUCGUGAACCACAGAGACAGGAAGUCAAGCAGGAGGACCCCUGGCAGCGCAUUGUCAACCACUCUGAACCUCAGCUUCCAGACUCCAGCGCCCCCAGCAAGCUCCCCAGAACCCCAGUAAGUGGCAUUCCCUGCCGCAAAGCUGGUGUUGUCAACAGCAAUGGUGUAUCUCGCCCACCCAAGGUGCAGGGUUCUACCUCAGCUCAGAGGGUGGUGGACGGCUGUGAGAAGUCCACCAGUAAGAAAGCGGAGCCCCCCAGCAAGAUGCCUCAGCUCAGACGAGGGGCCACCACCCUGGGCACUGUGCCUGUCAUCCACGUCUCCCCAGAGACCAAGGCCACAACCCAGAACAUCACCACUACAACCAACAUUCUCAAGUUCUCCUCUCUGGGGAAGAAUGGAAAGGCAAAUGGGCAGCAAGCCAGCAUGCUCCCCAAACCUGGUGGUACCUCACCUCCUCCACCUCCAGUGCGUAAGUCCAGUCUGGAUCAGAAGAACAGGCCUCUGCUGCCCCAAAGUGCCUUAAAGUCUGUGUACGGUGAAGCAGGGAGGCCCAAAAUUACCAGGGGGGCGGUGUCAGAGGAUGAGCUAGAGAUCCACUGCAGAGUAGACUCCAACAGUCUCAAAACCUCCAGCCUCAGAGGUGACUACACCCCGGCCAAAGCCACAUCCAGUCUGAGGGCCAGAGGAGAUGCUAGUCGGCAGCAUUACGGCAGUCAGAUGCCUCUGGAAAGGAGUGACAGCAUGUCCAUGGUGGGCUCCAAGCCCACUCUCAGUCGAGAAAACAGUGGAGCCAGCCUGGGCUGCAGCAAGUCCAGCAGAUCCAUUCCCAGAUUCGGUGUACCAAACUCAACCAGCUCUCCCAUUGCUACAUCCCCAACCUCCCCCUGUUGUGCUACAGGUGCUCUAGGUAAACCUGGGCAGGUCAAAGGUAGUGUUAACCCCAGGGCACUAGGAGCGGUCAAUGGAAGUAAGGACCGUUCGUUGUCAGCGAGCAACUCUAAGGGCCUGAGCUCCUCCACAAAGUCCCUGGCAGCUCCAGCAACCAGGAACCCCAAUGCCAACCUUCCCCCGACUGGCAAGACCUCCGCCCCGCGAGCCACGGCAGCCGUCAGCAGCAAGCCUGGCCGGGGGACCAUCAUGGGCACCAAGCAUGCUAUGCGGGCAGCCAACAGCCGGGUCAGUGAGCUGGCAUCAGGCAGCACAUCAGGCAAACACCUGAGGGGCUCAGGGGACUCUGACAGUGGUAAUGACAGUGGGGUGAACCUGAGUGAUGACAAGUCCCCCGUGGCCAUGCUGCCCUCCCCCUACAGUAAGAUCACAGCCCCCAGAAGGCCGCAGCGCUACAGCAGUGGCCAUGGCAGUGACAAUAGCAGUGUUCUGAGUGGAGAGCUGCCCCCAGCUAUGGGCCGCACAGCCCUCUUCUACCACAGCGGGGGCAGCAGUGGUUAUGAGAGCAUGAUCCGGGACAGCGAGGCCACAGGCAGCGCCUCCUCUGCACACGACUCAAUGAGUGAGAGUGGAAUGUCCUCCUCAGGCCGCCCCAGGACAUCCAAAUCCCCCAAGAAACGCAAUGGGCUACAGCGGAGGCGGCUCAUCCCGGCCCCCCUCCCAGACACCUCGUCACUGGGGAAGAAGGCUGGCACAGCUGGCCAGUGGGUGGACCUGCCGCCCAUGUCAGGACCACUGAAGGAACCCUUCGAGAUCAAGGUGUACGAGAUCGACGAUGUGGAACGGCUCCAGAGGCGACGACAGGAGGACUUGGUUGAGCAUCCAUUCCAGGAUGUUGAGAAGGGCCUGCUGUACUUCAACAGUAAGCUGAAGGUUCUGGAGCGGCGGCAGCAGCAGAUCAGGGAGCUGAAGGUCAAACAUGAGGCACUUAAGGAAGAGCUAGAGGACACCAAGACCCGGCUGAUGAUGGACCCUUGCAAGUGGAUAGGAGAGUUUGAGGUGGACCAGGAUUUGGACAAGGAGUCCCAGGAGUACCUGCAGGCCCUGGGUCAGGUCACAGAGGAGCUGGAGUUCUGUGUCAACCUAUGCAAGUCACGUGUCAUGAUGGUGACCUGCUUCGACAUCAGUGUGGCAUCACCGCCCAACACUCAAGAGGUGCUGCGAGAAGUGGAAGUCUGACAAUGAGCAAAAGAAGAGAUGGAGAAUCAAGGAAGUGAGAAAGGAAGAAUUAUGAAAUGUAGCAGUCAGUUCAUAGUUAUUGCUGGAAUGAAGUGACAAGAAAAACUAAAAAGAUAAAAGAUGAGACAAACGAGUUGGGUGUCUUUGCAUGGAGACAGGAGAUCUGAACCGACUUAUCUGCAGUGCCUCGUUCUGGACAUGUUCAUGUUGGAAUGGGAGAUAAGUGUGUGCACAGACACACCAGUUUCUGUGUUCCAGCAUGAUGAGAGAGAGGCCAUCAUUUACCCACGAGUCAUUCAACGAGACCCGGAAGUGCCUUUUUCACUCGACUUAUUUUGAGUCAUUAUUUUUUGUAUGGUGCUAGUAUCAUAACCAGCAUACCUAAACAAACCCUGAACAUAUUCCUUUUAAGAAAUAAUUAUUUUAUAUUGCAUUGUAUAGUGUAUUUAUAUGAUUAUGCUGUGUGUAAAAUAUAAUUUCUAGGUAAAAAAAAGAAAAAAAAGAAGAGCAAUAAGCUAAUGUUAUUGCGUUCCCAAACUUUGCCUUUUCUCAUGUUUCAAACCAACCUCAGUCAGCAUUUUGCCCAUGUUAAUCCAGCCUCUUGCGCCUUAUGUUAUCUUUCUGGUUCAGUAGUCUACCUUUUAAAACAGGUCUGUGUUAUCUUGUCAAAGACUCAAUUUACUGUUAUCACUCAGCCACUGCCAGCUGAAAGCUAGCAGGGUUGAGUAAAUGUUUCUUCCCUCCAGUUGCCUUGAUCACAAGGGGUCCCAGUGGAGGUGCUGAGAUGGGUGAUGGUGGAGGUGUAGAGAAGGGGAGAGGAAAGUAUGUGGUAUGUGGGGCGGAGCUGUGUUUGCCCUUGUUUAUUUAAUUGGAGAUGUGGCAACGGCAGAACACAUCAAUCAGAGGGGUCACCAUACAGGGCCUGCUCCCAACAGGCUGUGUGUACGCCAUGAUUCAUGGUUGUGACAGUUGGCUCUCUCCAGUGCUCUGUGCUAGGGGUGUCCAGAGUCAACCUGACAGACCUCUGUCACCCUCACUGUACCCCCAGAGCCAUGUGGAAGCAUGCUGAGUAUUAUUCCCAGGCCCAGAGGUGCUCGUCAGUGCUCCUAUUUUAUCCCUAGACGGGCCUCUACUGGGUUCUACUGACACAAACAAAAGGGCAUAGAUGAGAUGCCACAAGCAAGCGUCAUUCUAUGGCUAUUUUGUGGUGUGCUCUUUUAAGUGGUGCCAAGCCUUGGUUCUAUGCAUUCCAACAUUCUCACUUCCACUAUAAGAAUACCCUCCAUAAAGCACUAAGAUCAACAGCACAGACCGUUUGCAAUGACUCAGAACCCUCUCUGAGUUAUGCUUCAAAGCUACACAUAUUACACAUAUAGCACUUCUCUCCAACCUUCUACUUUCUUUACUAAUUUAACCGGAUGUCUCAAUCAAAGACUAGGACAGGCUCCAAGAGGACAGUGUCCUAAAUAAAGGCCGUGAGAAACCACAGUUUCCCGUGUUUACAUGCAGUGAAGAAAUUGCCGCCUUCAGAUUUAGACGUUGUUUGGCAAAUACAAUCAAUCAACUAGCUGUAUGUAGCUGCCAGAGUGUUUGUGUUUUAAUCACUUCUCUGAAAAUGGUGUGGACAAAGAAGAUGAACUGGUUUUGGUUAUCUAGAGUAAGAAACUGGAUUUGGUUGUAUUUUGAUGUGUUUGAUUUAUAUAACUAAAAUAUUCAUUUGUUUUCUUUCCUCUUACAAAGAUAUACCCUCAGGCCCUUUCUGAAGAUGCUGCAUGAGAUUUUUUAUUAAUUUGUAAGAAUGAUUUCUAUUCCAUUUUUACCAUUUUGAUUUUAAUAAUAUCUUUGGCUCUCGAUCAUGCUGGGUUAGUUUCAUGACUAUUAGCAAACUAAAACAUUUUUUCAAGAAAGUUGAUGUAUGUCAUAUUUCAUAUCAAAACCCAUAUUUUCUAAUGUCUUUGGUUUUGUAUAGGAUUUUCUGACCCUGUGUACAAAUGUAUGAUAUGGCAGCUCGUGUUGAGUUUUAUCUGUGAAUAAAAUGUUUCUUCUUA